GCGGGGUUUAGCGUGGCACCAGGGGGCCGGGCGCAGGCGCUGACGUUCCGUUAGUGGCGUUGGGGUCUGGCUGCGGUGGCGGUGCUUUCUCCUCUGCCCACGGGGACCGGCUCCGGCUGGACGCCAGCCAGCUCUUGCCGCCGCCUCGGCCGCGAUGGGGGCGCAGGACCGGCCGCAGUGCCACUUCGACAUUGAGAUCAACCGGGAGCCGGUUGGUCGCAUUAUGUUUCAGCUCUUCUCAGACAUAUGUCCAAAAACAUGCAAAAACUUCCUUUGCCUAUGCUCAGGAGAGAAAGGCCUUGGGAAAACAACUGGGAAGAAGUUAUGUUAUAAAGGUUCUACGUUCCAUCGUGUGGUUAAAAACUUUAUGAUUCAGGGUGGGGACUUCAGUGAAGGUAAUGGAAAAGGUGGAGAAUCAAUUUAUGGUGGAUAUUUUAAAGAGAAUGUGGUCUUUUGCAAAAUGAAAAGAUGAAAACUUUAUUCUCAAACAUGACAGAGCGUUCCUUUUGUCAAUGGCAAAUCGAGGGAAACAUACCAAUGGUUCCCAGUUUUUCAUAAAGAGUGUUACACCGUGCGCUCCAAAGGUAAUGUCUCAUUACUCUAAGGCUCUCUCUCUUUCUUUCUUUGCCUUUAUCUCUUUAAUUCUAUUGUUAUGUGCAUUGAAACAUUUUAAGAAAAAAAACUUUCGCUUUAUCUGUAUAGCAGCAGUACAUGUAAAACAAAUGCCUUUUAUUUUUCAUGGUUAAUCCUGGGAACUAUAUUUUAACUUCAGUGGCUUGUUUCCGCCAAGUUCCUGCACAUCUUCUGGGUGGGGAGUGGGGUUACAGUUUAUAGUAUGGUUUUAGUUCUCAUUUCAGUGUGGAAUUAGUCAUUUCUUUAUAAGGGCAAAAGCUUCUCUGAUAAUGGUAUAAAACUGUAGAUUGUUUUUGGAGUAGCAGUGACACUUGUCAAUUUCUAGGAUUUAUAAGGCUUAAAUACCUUGGACACGUUUUUUUAAAGUAGAUUCAGGAGUUGGGGAAACUGAGAAAUCGCUGUCUCUAAGUAGAAGAGAAAAUGGAAAUGCAUACAUAUUGAAAGGUUUUAUAAUCUGAAAUGUUCUUUGUGGUUUUUUCUCUUUUUUAGGUAUGUUUUCAUAAGCAUAUAUAAAUUUAAACAUUUAUGAUAGCCUCUGGCCUUCACUUACUGAGCAUGGGCCACCAUUGCAUAGCUCUUUAAACAGCUCCUUUGAAGAUCAAUGCAAUUUUUUUUUAAAUUGAAAGUUUUGAAAUAGUAAGAGUUCGUGGGAUGAGCUCUCUGCCUCUCUGAAUAGAAUUGAAUAGUCUAGACGGUGCAUAUUCUUUCUCCCCACCCUUUUGUAACCCUCUUUGGCUAAUGUCCUCUGUUCGUCCCUGUAUUAGCCCAGUGCCAGUAAACCUGCUUUACAUUGGGAUUUCUACCCCUGGAAUAUCGGUGGAGAACUCCAGAGGGCUUCUUUUUGUUAAAUAUUUAGUAUUCUUAAUAUGUAAUCUAAUCUAAUUAAAGUACGUACAGACUUACAUUUCUGUAUCUUGAGUUGCAGAUCCAAGUAAUGCACUUAAAUCAUUCACAUCAGGUUUAGGCACCGUGGGCAGCCUGAGUUGUCCUUGAAAGAAAGAGUCGUUUCUGUCUUUGUUUUCUGCGCUACUACAACAAAAGACCAAGUUUGCCUAUUCUUGGCAGUUUUCAUUCGAAUUAAAAACUAAACUUUAAUGUCAUAAUGAUAGCUAUUCCAUCCUUAAAUUGAGUCUCAAGUAGUAUGUUGCUGCAUCACUACACUGCUCUGGAAUGUUUUAUUUCAGCGUGUGCUCCAAAGGUUUGCCAUAAGGUAGUUUUUACAACCUUUCUAUUAGCCAAGAUGAAUUGGGCUCUUCAUGUUUUAGAAAAAUGUGUAGGCUUUCCCCAAUACUACAAGAUCUGUGAGUUAUGGGAAAAAGGAUCAGGGAAGGAGAAGGGAUAUGUCUCAUCAGGAAACCAUACAUUGUUUUUACUUCUACAUAUUUGGGCUGAUUCCUUAGACACUGUAGAAAAAUUUUACUUUUUUAAAAGCAUUUUUGGCUGGGCGUGGUAGCUCAUGCCUGUAAUCCUAGCACUUUGGGAGGCAGAGGCAGGCGGAUCCAGCCUGGCCAACAUGGUGAAAUCCCAUCUCUACUAAAAAUAUAAAAAUUAGCCGGGCGUGAUGGCGCAUGCCUGUAAUCCCAGCUACUUGGGGGCUGACACAGGAGAAUCACUUGAACCUGGGAGGUAGAGGUUGCAGUGAGCCAAGAUCGUGCCAUCACACUCCAGCCUGGGCAACAGAGCAAGACUCCAUUUCAAAACAAAUAAAUAAAUAAGUACUCUGUACAUCUUUCAUAUAAUGGAAUCACUGUCUAGCUUCUGUACUAAUUUCUUGUCUUCAGUGUACUUUGGUAAAGCUUUAUAGUUAAAGCACAUUUCUCUCUUAAAGUUACCAUCCAAAGUGGUUUCUAGGUGCUAGUUUAGUGGUUUAAACACUAGUGGCUCACUAAUUCAUUAGUUUUUGUUUUCUUUUUCUUUCUUUCUUUUUUUUUUUUUUUUUGCUGCCUGUUUUUAUUUUUAUAAUUACAUUAGCCUGAAUUUCCACUUUUCACUCUUCUAAGGAAUAUUUGAUAUUUGUGGUUUUAAAACUUAGUAUUUCUUUUAAAAUUCUGGGACUUCUUAAGUUGACAUUUUACUUUUUAAAAAUUAAAUUAUGUAGUGCUCUUACAGAACUUAAUAUUCUUAAUGUAAGUAUAAGCAUUACAAAUCCUUGUACAAUAAAGAUUUUUAGCAUUGUUAUGGUUAAAAACUGGGUUUUGUUCACUCACAUGUCUUAAAAUUGCUUUAAAAUGAAUGUAAAAAUUUAUGUGGGAGCUUCUAGUACAGUUGACUGCUUUAACAUGGCCUGACAUCUAGUGAUAUUUUUUUCUCUCUCAGAUUUGUUUUCUAUCUCUUAAAUAUCUAUUUCUCAUUCUUAUAAAUCAAGACGCUUGUGGUGUAUAAUUCUGAGUCUAAUUCUCUGCUUUUGAAUAACUAGCUUGGGUUCAAAAUAUCUUAACCAGAUAUACCCUGUAGAUUGUCUGACCAUUGGUGACUGUAGAAGAAGCCGGUUGGGUGUUUUCUGGGCCAUGGAAAUUUAAAAUGCCUGUAAUGUUAGCCAUCAUUACUUUGCUAUCAGAAUGGUUGGCCAAUUGCAGCUUUUCUCCCUAUCGCAUUUUCAGUUGCUGUGUCAGAGCUUCACCUUGGGUGAAGGAAGGGGGGCAGGAAGUUCUGGAAACAGAGCUCCAAGGCCUACCUCUGUCUGCCUGCCUAAAAAUGCAGACUGAGUCAAUAUGAGACAUCACAAAUAGGAAAACUUUUACACGUGUGGGGCAAAUGUUAAUCACAUUUUCUUUCCAUAGGGCAAAUAAGAAGUGCUUUUCUUAUUUAAUUAUGCUGAUACAUUUUGAGGGUUUUUAAAAGUAUUUUGUUUUGUUUUAGAUUUGAGAGUAACUUUAAUUUUUAUGUGUAUUCAUGCUAAAUAUUUAUGGAUAUAAGUCAAACCUAUUUCAUAUAUUGUGUAUACGUACAUAUAGUCUAAUAGAGAUGACUGUGAGGUUUUUUUUUUUUAAUUAGUAAAAUGGCUACUAUUGCUGUUUUGGGGGUCUUUAAGGUUAGAUGUAUAUCAUGUUUAACUUUUUCCCUUAUCUUUUUUAUCUUUACUUCUCUGUUCUCUACAUGCUGUGUUUAAACCUUUCUGCUCUCUUCACCCGAACACACCGUGUUUGACAUCAUCUUUGUGUUGAUGUUUAUUACAUAGUACCACAAAGCCUGCUCCACACCUGGAUGGGGUGCAUGUCGUCUUUGGACUGGUUAUUUCUGGUUUUGAAGUAAUCGAACAAAUUGAAAAUCUGAAAACUGAUGCUGCAAGCAGACCAUAUGCAGAUGUGCGAGUUAUUGACUGCGGGGUACUUGCCACAGACUCCGUGAAAGAUGUUUUUGAGAAAAAAAGGAAGAAACCAGCUCAUUCAGAAGACUUGGAUUCCUCCUCCAAUUCCUCUUCCUCUUCAGAAUCAUCUUCAGAAAGUGAAAUUGAACAUGAGAGAAGCAGAAGGAGGAAACAUAAGAGGAGGCCAAAAGUUAAACGUUCUAAAAAGAGGCGAAAGGAAGCAAGCAGUUCAGAAGAACCAAGGAAUAAACAUGUAAUGAGCCCAAAAGGUCACUCUGAGAGGAGUGAUACCAAUGAAAAAAGGUCAGUUGAUGCCAAUGCUAAAAGGGAAAAACCUGUGGUUCGCCCUGAAGAAAUUCCUCCAGUGCCUGAGAACCGAUUUUUACUGAGAAGAGAUAUGCCUGUUGUUACUGCGGAACCUGAACCGAAGAUUCCUGAUGUUGCACCCGUUGUAAGUGAUCAGAAACCAUCUGUAUCAAAGUCUGGACGGAAGAUUAAAGGAAGGGGCACAAUUCGCUAUCACACACCUCCAAGGUCAAGAUCCUGUUCUGAGUCAGAUGAUGAUGACAGCAGUGAAACACCUCCUCACUGGAAAGAGGAAAUGCAGAGAUUACGAGCAUACAGACCACCUAGUGGAGAAAAAUGGAGUAAAGGAGAUAAGUUAAGUGACCCCUGUUCAAGCCGAUGGGAUGAAAGAAGCUUGUCCCAGAGAUCAAGAUCAUGGUCCUAUAAUGGAUAUCAUUCAGACCUUAGUACAGCAAGACACUCUGAUGGCCACCAUAAGAAACGCAGAAAAGAGAAAAAAGUUAAGCAUAAAAAGAAAGGGAAAAAGCAGAAACAUUGCAGAAGACACAAACAAACAAAGAAGAGAAGGAUUCUUACGCUGUCUGACAUAGAAUCCUCAAAAUCUUCCACUCGAAGAAUGAAAUCCUCUUGUGAUAGAGAAAGGAGUUCUCGUUCUUCCUCAAUAUCGUCUCAUCACUCAUCAAAGAGAGACUGGUCUAAAUCUGAUAAGGAUGUUCAGAGCUCUUUAACCCAUUCCAGCAGAGACUCAUACAGAUCGAAAUCUCACUCACGGUCCUACUCUAGAGGAAGCUCAAGAUCAAAGACUGCAUCGAAGUCCUCACAUUCUCGAAGUAGAUCGAAAUCCAGAUCUAGUUCCAAGUCUGGGCACCAAAAGAGAGCAUCAAAAUCACCAAGAAGAACAGCUUCUCAGUUAAGUGAAAAUAAACCAGUUAAAACAGAACCUUUAAGAGCAACCAUGGCCCAAAAUGAAAAUGUAGUAGUACAGCCUGUUGUAGCAGAAAAUAUUCCUGUAAUACCACUGAGUGACAGUCCCCCCCCUUCAAGAUGGAAGCCUGGACAGAAACCUUGGAAGCCCUCUUAUGAGCGAAUUCAGGAAAUGAAAGCUAAAACAACCCACUUGCUGCCCAUCCAAAGCACUUACAGUUUACCAAAUAUUAAAGAGACUGGUAGCUCAGCAUCCUACCAUAAAAGAGAAAAAAAUUCAGAAAGUGAUCAGAGCACGUAUUCAAAAUACAGUGAUAGAAGUUCAGAAAGCUCACCAAGGUCAAGGAGCAGAUCUUCUAGGAGUAGAUCUUAUUCCAGAUCAUAUACAAGGUCACGUAGUCUAGCUAGUUCACAUUUAAGGUCUAGGUCUCCAUCAUCUAGAUCUCAUUCACGAAGUAAAUACAGUGAUCAUUCACAGUGUAGUAGAUCAUCUUCAUAUACUUCUGUUAGCAGUGAUGAUGGAAGACGAGCUAAGAGGAAACUUAGAUCCAGUAGGAAAAAAAACAGCGUUUCACAUAAAAGGCACAGCAGCAGCUCUGAAAAGACACUUCACAGUAAAUAUGUGAAAGGUAGAGACAGGUCUUCAUGUCAGAGAAGGUAUAGUGAGAGCAGAUCAUCUUUAGACUAUUCUUCAGACAGUGAGCAGUCAAGUGUUCGGGCUACACAGUCAGCCCAAGAAAGAGAGAAGCAGGGCCGAAUGGAAAGAACACAUAACAAACAAGAAAAAAACAGAGGUGAAGAGAAAUCCAAGCCUGAACGGGAAUGCCCUCAUUCAAAAAAAAGAACUUUGAAAGAGAAUCUUUCUGAUCACUUUAGAAAUGGCAGUAAGCCCAGAAGGAAGAAUUAUGCUGGGAGUAAAUGGGACUCUGAGUCAAAUUCAGAACGAGAUGUAGCUAAAAACAGUAGAAAUGACUCGCAGCCAUCCUCUGACAAGGAGGAAGGUGAGGCCACAUCCGAUUCCGAAUCAGAGGGUAGUGAAAUUCACAUCAAAGUCAAACCCACAACAAAGUCGUCCACACAUACCUCACUGCCUGAUGAUAAGGGCGCUUGGAAAUCAAGCAGACAGCGCACAUCAACCUCUGAUUCUGAGGGAUCUUGUUCCAAUUCUGAAAGCAGUAGAGGAAAGCCACAAAAGCACAAACAUGGGUCAAAGGAAAAUCUUAAAAGAGAACACACCAAAAAAGUGAAAGAGAAAUUGAAAGGGAAAAAAGACAAAAAGCACAAGGCUCCAAAGCGAAAGCAAGCAUUUCACUGGCAGCCUCCACUAGAAUUUGGUGAAGAGGAGGAGGAGGAGAUUGAUGACAAGCAGGUUACUCAGGAGUCAAAAGAGAAAAAGGUUUCUGAAAACAGUGAAACCGUAAAAGAUAAUAUUCCAGAAACAGAGAAAUCACGUGAAGAGGGCAGCCUUUCAGGUAAACAUAAUACAGCGACUCUUUCAUCAGAUCCUGAUCAGUUUACUAAAGAUGAUAAUAAACUCAGCAUUUCUCCCACAGCUUUAAAUACCGAGGAAAAUGUGGCCUGUUCGCAAAGCAUUCAGCAUGUUGAAGAACGUGUUCCCAAUGGAGUAGAAGAUGUGCUUCAAACAGAUGACAACAUGGAGAUCUGUACUCCUGAUAGGAGUUCCCCCGCAAAGGUAGAGGAGGCUUCCCCUCUGGGAAACGCACGCCUUGAUACCCCAGAUACAAACGUCGUUCUGAAGCAGGAUAUGGCAGCAGGACAUCCUGCAGCAGUGGUAGUAAAACAGGAAAGCAGCGUGUCUGAAAGUAAAGUGCUGGGUGAAGUGGGGAAACAGGACAGUGGCUCUGCUGGCUUGGCUAGUGCUGGAGAAAGUUCCGGGAAGAAGGAGGUGGCUGAGAAGAGCCAGGUCAACCUCAUUGAUAAGAAAUGGAAGCCCCUGCAAGGUGUGGGGAACCUGGCAGCACCCACUGCUGCCACAUCCAGUGCUGUGGGAGUUAAGGCGUUGACCACUGUGGCCGAAGUGAAACCACAAGGCUUGAGAAUAGAAAUUAAAAGCAAAAAUAAAGUUCGGCCUGGGUCUCUCUUUGAUGAAGUAAGAAAGACAGCGCGCUUAAACCGUAGACCAAGAAAUCAGGAGAGUUCAAGUGAUGAGCAGACGCCCAGUCGGGAUGGUGACAGCCAGUCCAGGAGUCCGAGUAGAUCUCGAAGCAAGUCUGAAACCAAAUCGAGACACAGAGCAAGGUCUGUCUCCUACAGUCAUUCAAGAAGUCGGUCGAGAAGUUCCACGUCUUCUUAUCGAUCAAGAAGCUACUCUAGAAGUCGGAGCAGAGGAUGGUAUAGCAGAGGCCGAACCAGAAGCCGGAGCAGUUCCUACCGGAGUUACAAAAGUCACAGGACGUCCAGCAGGAGCAGAUCCAGGAGCAGCUCAUAUGAUCCCCACAGUCGGUCCAGCAGGUCCUACACCUACGACAGUUACUACAGCAGGAGCCGGAGUCGAAGCAGAAGCCCGAGAAGCGACAGCUACCACCGAGGCAGAAGCUACAAUCGGCGGUCCAGGAGUUGUAGAUCAUACGGCUCUGACAGUGAAAGUGACCGAAGUUACUCUCAUCACCGGAGCCCCAGUGAAAGCAGCAGAUAUAGUUGAAAGGUCCUUUUUUUGGAUACAAAUUAUAUCUUAUUUGUAAAUAUCUGGCAACUUAAAAACUUAAGAAACUUAAUAACAGUCUGUUGUUCUAUUUCAAUAUCAGAGGUGAAUUUGAAAGAUAGACACUUCUUAAUUGUUACUCCUUCAUUUACAUGUGUGCAGAAGAAUUUAAAAUACAGAUAGGUCUCCUAAAAAUAUUUUUAUGCCACAUUUUACAGUAGCCAACUAUGGAAAUGAACUUCAUUUUCUUGAAUCAAGAAAUCGUGAAAUUUAUCUAAGUAUAAUUUACAAUAUUAUUUUAAGACUAUUUCUCUAUUUCACGUAUUCCUUAGAAUACAGAUCCGUUUUGCCUGUUUUUCCGGUUUUAGCAUAUAUGCUGCCAAGCAUAGAACUGUGAAUGAGAACUGUUAAAGGCGGCCAAAUAUUUAUAUACUGAUUACAUCAAGUCUUGUACAUAUGUGCUCUAAAAACAAACCACCCAGAACUGAUACUGUGAGUAGCCAGGAGUAUAAGGCAGGGGCUCUGGGGUUCUUAAUUCAUUCCUAACUUCUUUGAUAUUUCGCAGGAUGAGGAAAGUGGCCAUCAUACAUCCCACACAGCCUGUAUUACUUCAGGCUUGUGGGCAAGGUUAAGAAGAAUCAAUCAGCCUUAACUAUAAAUACCUACACUGUCUCCAAGGAUUUACUAUUUUACAUUCUUUUUAAUCAAUACCGAUCAGAAGUCUAGGUUAUAAAGACAAUUCUAUUCCACUUCAUGUUUUGGUGCUUGGUAACUUUUGGUGCCUCUUUAAGCAUCACUCUUAUAUUAAAACAGCAUAAAAGAGAAAAAUGAAAUUCAAAAAAAUCACUGGCACCAAAAAUGGUUUAUUCUGAGCUGUCUUCACUUUAUUUGGGGGGCUUCUCUCAAGUACAGGUGUGGGUUGGGGUACCUAGAGCAGACAGGAUUGGCAGCAGGAGAUGUUGGCCGCUCAGGUCUGCUGCGUGUGUGUGCCUCUGGAAGAGUGAAGAACGGACUCAAAAGGAACACCAAAAUCUGCCCGCCAGCAUCCUGGAGACCUUUUGCAGGGCUUUCACGUCCUUCACGUCCAGGAUAUUACAGCGGCAGCUGACCUGUCGCAACCGGCACGUUCUUCCUGUUGCUGUGACCUGCAGCUGACUCGAUGAAGCCUUGUUUAACCCGACCCAGGUGCAAGAGACAGGGCAAGGGGGAUAGACGGGGUGGCAUAAAUCACAUGUUUUCAUGGCUUUGGGUGGUUCCUCCACAAAUAAUUUGACCUGUAAAAACUAGUCUGUGUUUUUUUUUUUUAAACUUCACUUUGAAUUUGUUCCCCAAGUGUACUUAAUCACCUUAGUGCCAGUUUAAUCCAGUUAUGCAGAAGAAAUUAAUAUUGGAUACCUGAUGUAGAAAUUGGCACCACCCUACCACAGGCCUUGUCUGGUGUAUUUGGGAAGUGGGAAAGAGCCCUCAGUUGGAGGGAGCUGACAACCAUUGGUGGAGGAAGGGUGCCCUUGGAUGUAUUAAAAUUAUCACCCAAAGAAGGUAUGAAAACAGGGUAAGGUGGUCAGUUGUUUGCCAGGUCAGUAGACAGAAGUACAUAAGAAAACAGGACUUAGGCCAAACGAACAAUACUAGAUUCUGAAUACAAAAGAGUGUGAUUUAUAUUAAAGGUUGCCUGCAAAGGACAAUGUUACUACUACUCAGCAGGAAGAAAUGCAUUCAGAGCCCAAGCAGAAACUGCCAGAUCUAAUUAGGUUAAGAAAAGUUACCUUUGUCUGUUGCUGUGUGACACAUCACCCCAAAUUUAGCGGUUUAAAGCACCACCCAUUUAGCAGUUCUGUAACUUGUGGUUCUGGCGCAGUGUGACUAUAUUCUCUGCUCAGGGUCUCACGGGGCUGAAAUCGAGGGUUGGCAGGACAGCGUUCCUUCAUGGAGGCUCCGGGGAAGAGUCUGCUUCCGGGCCCAUUUAGGCUGUUGGCAGAAUCCAGUUCCUAGCGGGCUCAGCUGGGCGUCCCUCUCACCUCCUCAGGGCUGCCUGCAUUCCUCCUCGUGUGGUCCCUCCAGCUUCCAGCCGGCCUUCGCGUCCCGCUCUUGCUCAUGCUUCAUGUCUCUGUCCCGUCCUCUGUUUUAGGGGCAUGUGAUUAACUCAAGCCCACAGAUAUGUUUUAAGGUCGAUUGUGCACAGCACAUCAUUGCAGGAGUGCCGUCUCAUCAUGUUCACGGGCUCCGGACAGUAGCUCACUGAAAGGGGGAGGGGCAUUUUUGAAUUCUGCCUGCCACAGGCAGUAACUGCCCGUCUCAGCGGUGGGUGGAAUUUUAUCCAGAAAAGAUAGUCCCUAGAAGCCUCAUUUCUUUUCUCCAUGGGAAAGGACAGCCCUCUGCUGCCACGUUCAACUUGUAUGUUUACUGACAGAAUGAACUACAAAAAUAGCUUUUCUUCCUAAAGGGGAUUAUUGUAUAUUUUGAAGUUAUUUUUUAAUAAAAUUGAAUUAUGUUGUGUAUUGUGCUUCUUAAUAGGAAAUGCAUUAUUGGACUGUUUUUGUACCAUCCUGUUCAUUGCUAGUAUUGCUCAAAAACUCUAUGAAAUACUUUUGUACAUAUUAGCAAUGUCUAAUUUGUAUACGAUUCAGUUUAAUUUCCCUAAAACUUGAAAGGGGACCUUGUAGAAAUUAAAGUAUAUACUUAGUCUAAGUC